CACAAAAAAAAAAUCGUCCAAAAUAGAGGAGAGAGCUCUAGUUGCUGCUGCAAAAAAUGGCUAAUAGGUAAGAGACACAUUUAUUUUUGUAAUUAUAUUAUUUAAAUGCUAUUAUGAUUGUGUUUAGUUUUAAUUAGCGAGUUUGUUUUUUUGUAGUGAUUUUAGAAGAUUUGAACUAGUCGUUCGGUGGAAAUCGGAGAAAGUAGAGGAUAGUUUGGGCGUCAAAUUCGUUGGUGGUAGUAGUUUUCAGUUGACGGUUCCAUCCAGGGUCACAUAUCACAAACUUUGUGAGAAUCUAAUUCCGAGAAUACAGUGUAGAGACGAAGCAGUACAAGAUAGUGAUGUGAUCACAGGUUUCACUUACCAUCUUCCAGAAUGGCAGAAUGGUGUUUUAUUUCAUUAUGCGAUACCUAUUGUUGAUGAUGAUAGCUUGAAUGUGCUUUGGAAUUUUAUGGCACAAAAUCCUUAUUGUUUGGGUGCUGAGAUACAUGUUGAGCUCAGUGAGGAUCAGAGUGGAGAGGAAGAAGAUGAUACAUGGAGCGUGCCAUCCGAUCAUGACUAUGAUGAUGGUGAUGACGGAGAGGAGGAAGAUGAGGAGGAGGAGGAGGAGGAGGAGGAGGGGGAAGGAGAGCAGCCUAAUUAUCCUCCAUAUUUUUACUUGCAGGGUAAUGAAGAGGACGAAGAAUUAUCACUUGUUGAUUCAUAUGGCGUAAUUCCAAUGCCUAUUGUUGAUAGUUUUGAAGAAGAAUUCUACAAGGGGCAGAUAUUUCACUCGAAACAAGCUGCACAGAUGGCGAUUAAACACCACGCACUACAACGCAACUUUCAAUAUGGCGUGGUGGAUUCGUCACCUUCAAUCUGGAAGGUCAGAUGCUUGAGGCACAAGGAUGACAAUUGUCCUUGGAUUGUGCGGUUUGGAUGUCGAGAUGUUGGAGGCGAAUGGACUGUGAGAAAGGCUGAGUUGGUGCAUUCUUGUAGCAGUACGACUCAACCGACGGAUCAUCGCCAUCUUGAUGUCGACAUGAUAUCUGAGGCCGUCAAACAUUUGGUAUUUGCCCAACCAAAUCUGAGUGUUCUAACUGUUCAGGUCGAGUUGAAAGAUAAGUUUAAUAUGCAAGUUACUUACAAGAAGGCUUGGUAUGGGAAACAAAGAGCAUUGGAGAAGUUGCAUGGAAAUUGGGAAGAAUCCUACGAUUUUUUGCAAACAUUCUUGCGGGUGGUCAAGAGAAAAAUGCCAACAUCGGUGAUUGAUUGGGUAAGAGUUCCUUCGACUCAACCAGGUCAUUCAAUAUUUCAGCGAGUAUUCUGGGCUUAUGGACCUUGUAUAGAUGGAUUCAAGAAUUGUCCAGACGUCAUGGUUGUUGAUGGAACAUUUCUUACUGGGACGUAUAAAGGAGUGCUACUCAUGGCGAGCUCAUUUGAUGGCCGGAAGAAGAUUUUUCCAAUUGCUUUUGCCAUAGUGGGAGCGAGAAUACUGAGAGUUGGCCAUGGUUCAUGAGGAACGUUCAGGGUUUGACUGAUCGAAAUGAUGUAUGUAUCAUCUCAGAUAGACAUGCAGGACUCUAUGAAACCAUGAAUAACAUCGAAAGAGGUUAGGAGUGGAGGUGGUGCAUGCGACACUAUGCAAGCAAUUUGCAAAGGAAGACUAAAAGCAGAAUUAUGUA